GGCCCCUGCCCGCGCCCCCCGCGCCCCCCGGCCCGGCCCGGCCCGGCCCGAGCAUGGAGACGGCGGAGAAGGAGUGCGGCGCCCUGGGCGGGCUCUUCCAGGCCAUCGUCAACGACAUGAAGAGCUCCUACCCCAUCUGGGAGGACUUCAACUCCAAGGCCACAAAGCUGCAUUCCCAGCUGAGGACCACUGUGCUGGCUGCUGUGGCCUUCUUGGAUGCCUUCCAGAAAGUGGCAGACAUGGCCACCAACACCCGAGUGGAAUCGGCUGGUCGUGGAGAGAGUGAGCCUCCAACACGAGUGGCAUGCAAGCAGGAGUGUGAAGGGGCCACGCGGGACAUUGGCUCGGCGCUCACGCGCAUGUGCAUGCGCCACCGCAGCAUCGAGACCAAGCUGCGGCAGUUCACCAACGCGCUGCUGGAGAGCCUCAUCAACCCGCUGCAAGAGCGCAUCGAGGACUGGAAGAAGUCGGCCAACCAGCUGGACAAGGACCACGCGAAAGAGUACAAACGAGCCCGGCAUGAGAUCAAGAAAAAGUCUUCAGACACGCUGAAGCUGCAGAAGAAAGCGCGCAAAGAGCUACUUGGGAAAGGAGACCUGCAGCCGCAGCUGGACAGCGCCCUGCAGGACGUCAACGACAUGUACCUGCUGCUGGAGGAGACAGAGAAGCAGGCGGUGCGCCGGGCCCUGAUCGAGGAGCGCGGGCGCUUCUGCACCUUCAUCACUUUCCUGCAGCCCGUGGUGAACGGCGAGCUGACCAUGCUGGGAGAGAUCACCCACCUGCAGGGCAUCAUCGAUGACCUAGUGGUGCUGACCGCGGAACCACACAAGCUGCCCCCCGCCAGCGAGCAGGUGAUCAAAGACCUGAAGGGCUCAGACUAUAGCUGGUCCUACCAGACCCCCCCGUCGUCGCCCAGCGGCUCUGGCUCACGGAAGUCCAGCAUGUGCAGUGCCCCCAGCAGUGGUAGCAGCGCCAAGGGUGGCGGAGCCCCGUGGCCCGGGGGUGCCCAAACAUACUCACCCAGUUCCACCUGUCGCUACCGCAGCCUGGCACAGCCAGCCACCGCCGCUGCCCGCCUCUCCAGCGUCUCCUCCCACGACUCUGGCUUCGUCUCCCAGGAUGCCACCUACUCCAAGCCCCCCUCACCAAUGCCUUCAGACAUCACCAGCCAGAAGUCCUCCAGCUCCGCGUCCUCAGAGGCCUCGGAAACCUGCCAGUCCGUUAGCGAGUGCAGCUCCCCCACUUCGGACUGGGCCAAGGCAGGCCCCCACGAACAGCCCUCAGGCACCAGCCUGCAGCGGAGGAAGGACCGGGCUGAGCACCCCCGAGACACAGAGGCAGGCCUGGCCAGCGGGGGCACCCUGGGCCCCAGUGGGGAGGAGGCCCCACGACCCCGCAUGUCCCCUGCCACGAUCGCAGCCAAGCACGGUGAGGAGGUGUCCCCGGCAGCCAGCGACCUGGCCAUGGUGCUGACCCGCGGCCUGAGCCUGGAGCACCAGAAGAGCAGCCGGGACUCGCUGCAGUAUUCCAGCGGCUACAGCACGCAGACCACCACGCCGUCGUGCUCUGAGGACACCAUCCCGUCCCAAGGCUCCGACUACGACUGCUACUCCGUGAACGGAGACGCGGACGGCGAGGGCCCCGCCGAGUUCGACAAGUCCUCCACCAUCCCCCGCAACAGCAACAUCGCCCAGAACUACCGCCGCCUGAUCCAGACCAAGCGCCCGGCCUCCACGGCGGGGCUGCCCAGCGCCUCGGGCGCACCCCCCGGCGUGGCCACCAUCCGCCGCACGCCGUCCACCAAGCCCGCCGUGCGCCGCGCGCUCUCCAGCGCCGGCCCCAUCCCCAUCCGGCCGCCCAUCGUCCCCGUGAAGACGCCCACGGUGCCCGACUCCCCCGGUUACUCGGGGCCCACGCGGGCCGGCAGCGAGGAGUGCGUCUUCUACAGCGACGAGGCCGCCUCGCCCCUGGCGCCGGACCUGGCCAAGGCGUCGCCCAAGAGGCUGAGCCUGCCCAACACGGCCUGGGCCAGCCCGGCCCCCGAGGCGGCCAGCUACGCCGGGCUGGCGGCGGACGACGACGAGCAGCAGCAGCAGCUGGCCGCCAACCGGCACAGCCUGGUGGAGAAGCUCGGGGAGCUGGUGGCGGGCGCCCACGCCCUGGGCGAGGGCCAGUUCCCCUUCCCCACCGCCCUGGCCGCCCCCGCCGAGGAGACGCCCAGCCCGCCCCCCGCCGCCGCCGGGGACCCCCCCGCCGAAGACAUGCUGGUGGCCAUCCGCCGCGGGGUGCGGCUCCGCAGGACCGUCACCAACGACAGGUCGGCGCCCCGCAUCUUGUGAUGGCGCCGCCCUCCCGCCCUCUGGCCCCCUGAGAGGCCGUGGCCUGGCUGGUGAACAGCAGACGCUCAGAGCGAAGGCACAGCGUGGAGAGCAGAACCAGGCAAGCUUUCGGUUUUUUGUUUUUUAAGUCACAUGAGGCAAAGCCACUGGAUGGAAAGACACGUGUCUUGGAUUUCAGUACUUAAGCGGGAAGUGACUUCUUUAACACAGCUCGCCAGCUCUGAGCCUACAGGCCUUGAACUGGAUUCGGAGCCUGUUUUUUACGUCUCUUGCCUGCUCUGCCCUCCUCUUCCUCUUCCAAGGCCCUGCCUUUCCCUGUCUCAGCGCGCCCUGGUCUGGGCCCUAGGGCCGCAGCUUAGGCGACCAGGCCCAGCUUCUCCUGAAUGCCAGCCCCCCCCCCACCCCGCCCCUGGCCGGGCUCCUCUCUCCUCCCUUCUCUCCUCUCCCCGGCUCCCCUCAGUCAGGGAGGCAGGCUGUCUGUGGAGGGGCCAGGCACCCAGUCGGGCCAAGGUGUCAGAUUUGACUGAAGCUACACAAAAUGGCAUUUGGGUGGGGAGCACAGACUGAGGUGGGAAGGUCCACCCUGCUGUGGGGGGAAUGCGGCCCACAGGCCCAGGGCCCCAAGUUAAAUCCUGGGGAACUGUGUGGAGGAGGCCAUGGACGCUGAAGUGUGUGGCUGAGGUUGAGGGCAGGGCAGUGGGGAAGGAUCCAGAGGCCUGACAGUCAUCUGGCCAGCCCUCUGGGAGCUGCUUUCAGAUGAGACUUUAACUCUGGUGGCACUUUGGUCACGGUUUCAGCCACCUUUGGGGGUAGGGGCUGGAGCUGUAGAGGGUAUGGGGGGUUAUUUUAUGAAUAUAAUAAUAAAAUAAAGCUGACUGGA